GGAGAAAAAAAAAUCGGUCACUAAUCAGAAGUAUAAGACGAGGAGAUCCUGCUACUUCUUCCCCAUCACCACCACCACCACCAUCGCUUUCUUCCUCCUCGCCUUCUGCUUCUGCAUCCAUCCAUCCAUCCAUUACUCGCCGAAGACUUCGCGCGGGGAGAGAGGAGGCAAGCUUGGUCGCGGGAACGCGGGAAGAAAGGUCCGAGCUUGGAAGGAGAAGAAGAAGUAGCCAAGAACGCGAGAGCUUGGAAGGCGAGCUGCGGUGGUGUAGCUAGCCAAUGCCGGCGGGGAACUGGUAGGGAGGGGGAUGGGGGGAGGGGGCACGCUCGUCGACGGAUUCCGCCGCCUCUUCCACCGCCGCACGGCGUCCGGCUCCAACCAGUCGUCCAACGCCGGCGAGGAGGCCGCCUCCUCCGACCUCGAGGUCGCCGACGACCCGGAUCUCGUCGCCCUCCGCUCCAUCCGCAUCCGCGUGCCCAAGCGCAAGAUGCCUCUCCCCGUCGAGAGCCACAAGAAGAACACAGUGGAAAUGGAGUUCUUCACUGAGUAUGGAGAAGCAAGCCAGUACCAGAUCCAGGAAGUCAUUGGCAAAGGAAGUUAUGGAGUAGUUGCUGCUGCAGUAGAUACCCGCACGGGUGAGCGGGUUGCAAUCAAGAAGAUCAAUGAUGUGUUUGAGCAUGUAUCAGACGCUACGCGCAUAUUGCGUGAGAUCAAGCUCCUUCGUCUGCUCCGUCACCCAGACAUAGUUGAGAUCAAACACAUUAUGCUUCCCCCUUCUCGAAGGGAGUUCCAAGAUAUUUAUGUUGUUUUUGAGCUCAUGGAAUCAGAUCUCCAUCAAGUCAUCAGAGCGAACGAUGACCUCACCCCGGAGCACUACCAGUUUUUCCUGUACCAACUUCUCCGUGCUCUCAAGUACAUCCAUGCAGCUAAUGUAUUUCAUCGCGAUCUAAAGCCCAAGAAUAUACUGGCAAACUCAGACUGCAAAUUGAAAAUAUGUGAUUUCGGACUUGCCCGAGCAUCAUUCAAUGAUGCCCCUUCAGCAAUAUUUUGGACGGAUUAUGUUGCAACGAGGUGGUACCGAGCACCUGAAUUAUGUGGCUCAUUUUUCUCCAAAUACACUCCUGCAAUUGAUAUUUGGAGUAUUGGGUGCAUAUUUGCUGAACUUCUCACUGGGAGACCACUAUUUCCUGGGAAGAAUGUUGUGCACCAAUUAGAUAUUAUAACAGAUCUUCUUGGAACUCCAUCAUCAGAAACCUUAUCCAGGAUUCGAAAUGAGAAGGCCAGGAGAUACUUGAGCACCAUGCGGAAAAAACAUGCUGUCCCCUUCUCUCAGAAGUUCCGCAAUACUGACCCCUUGGCUCUUCGUCUGCUAGAGCGUUUACUGGCAUUUGAUCCUAAAGAUCGGUCUUCAGCUGAAGAAGCUUUGGCUGAUCCGUACUUCGCAAGUCUUGCUAAUGUGGAACGUGAGCCCUCAAGACAUCCAAUCUCAAAACUUGAGUUUGAAUUCGAGAGACGGAAGCUGACAAAAGAUGAUGUUAGAGAAUUAAUUUAUCGAGAGAUUUUGGAGUAUCACCCACAGAUGCUGCAAGAGUAUAUGAAAGGUGGAGAGCAGAUUAGCUUCCUCUAUCCAAGUGGGGUUGAUCGCUUCAAACGACAGUUUGCACACCUUGAGGAGAACUACAGCAAAGGAGAAAGAGGUUCUCCACUGCAGAGGAAGCAUGCUUCUUUACCGAGGGAGAGAGUAGGUGUAUCAAAGGAUGGUUAUAACCAACAAAACACCAAUGACCAAGAGAGGAGUGCAGAUUCCGUUGCCCGCACUACAGUAAGCCCUCCAAUGUCACAAGAUGCACAACAACAUGGAUCUGCUGGCCAAAAUGGUGUGACAUCCACAGACUUGAGUUCGAGGAGCUAUCUGAAGAGUGCAAGCAUUAGUGCUUCCAAGUGUGUCGCUGUCAAGGACAAUAAAGAACCAGAGGAUGAUUACAUCUCUGAAGAAAUGGAAGGGUCGGUCGAUGGAUUGUCUGAACAAGUCUCCAGGAUGCACUCCUAGUGCACAACGAUGACGAUGAUCAGUGCAAGAUUCUGUGAGGCGCACCAGAUGCUGAUAAUUUCCAAGCAGAAUGCUGCACUGCAAGUUUGGACUUUGGACAAUGCAAGUAUGCAACAGCCAGCCCGAGAUGAUUGGCAUCUUCUUAUGCUCAUCCAUGUUCACAUAUUCUUCUUGCCAUUGUGCUGUCUGUCACUACAGGACCCCUGCAUGGAUUAAUGUAUUAUCCCUCUGAUGUAACACUAGAUUAGUCCAUCUGUCCAUGGAGGAAUGAAUAGCAAGCAGCCAGCUUGUGCAUCAUGUGGGCAUGUUCAUUUUCCAGUGAGAUCUAGUCAUAUCCAUGCUUUUUUUGUAAUGGUAUAUGAAACAGUUUAUCAGUGAGACUCUGGUCCAUUCCUCUUUGAAGAACUGCUGAGACAGUGAUCCAUUCCUCUUUGAAGAACUGUUCAUUUUCAGUACAUUAAGCCUAGUAAAGUUCAGAUGUUUGAGUUCGGUGCUUAA